AUGUCAGAGCCGCUCCGCAUCCUGUUUUGCGGUACGGACAACGUCAGCACCGAGUCUUUGCAUGCGCUUCAUGAGGAGAUGAUAUACAACCCCGGGCUCGUUGAGAGCAUUGAGUGCGUGCUGCUUCCCGCGAAACCAAGUGGGAGAGGACGGAAGCUCAUACUCGACACACCGAUGAUGAGAGCAGCGAAUGGUUUGGGGCUCUCAACAUAUCCAUUAACCACAUUUACCGGCUGGGAGCUGCCCAAAACUUUCAAUCUGAUUGUGGUCGUUUCUUUUGGGCUGUUCAUUCCCAAAAGAAUACUGCAAAGUGUCAAAUACGGCGGGUUAAAUGUCCACCCCUCAUUCCUCCCAGACCUUCGUGGGCCAGCCCCUAUUCAUCAUGCUGUCCUGCGGGGAGACCAGUUCAUGGGGGCGUCACUCCAAACGCUGGAUGAAGAAAAGAUUGACCACGGCAUCGUGCUUUCUCAAACCCCGUCGCCAGGUUUGAAAAUCAUACAACACCCGACCCUGUCGCGUGUGAAUCGUAAAUUAGCAAUGGAGGGCGCGGAUCUACUAGUCCAAGGGCUGAGAGAUGGCGUCCACGUCCCGCCCUACGUGGAUGCCGGGUGGAAAGCCAAGGAGCUGGAGGGAAAGCCGCUGCAGCACGCGCCCAAGAUUACCAAGGCGGACACGCAGAUCGACUGGCUGUCCUGGACAGCCGAGGACUGGAGACGGCGCGUCCAGAUAUCACAGUCCGUCUGGACCAUGGUUGCCACAUCGGUAAAGGGGGAGGUAUGGAUCCGACGGCUCAUCUUCCAUGACGUGAUGGAGGUUCCCGUUGAGGAAGUGAGCAACUUCAGGGCGACCAUAGAGGUCGUCACUCGGCGGGAGGGCGAGGAGGAGCAGCGCCUCAGGAAGCUUAUCGCUCUGGACCGCAGGGGUUUCAUCUACAUACUGCUGGACAAAGAUACGUGGGUUCGCGUCCGGCGGGCCACGCUCGAGGGCAAGGCUGAGAGACCAGCAGCUUCAGCGAUCCGCGACCAUGUCGUCCUGUACAGGGACAGCAACAAGCCUCCCGCGAAGGGGAAGCUCAACGAAUGGAAGGGCGAGGAUCAGCCUGACUCCCAAUCUUAA